AUGACGCCUAGAGAACUAGUGCAUUCUGACGCCAGAAGAGCAAACACCAAAUCUCGGAACAUCUUGCCGCCCCGCUCUCACAUCAUCCUCCUCCUAAUUCCCGUGCUCACAGAGCUGUCGUCGUCGUCGUCGAAGCAGCAAGUGGUGGUGACUCAGGCAGCAGGCUCCGGUGGAUCGGAUCCGCGAAAGCCGUCGAAAGUCAAUGUGCAGGUGAAGGACGGAGGAGACGCGAGUCGCCGCAACACGAUAGACCUCCAGAUCGGAGAGGGACGCUCGCGCAAGAACACGCUCGUCAAGGUGAACGGCGAAGUUGUGAGUGUGAGCCACUCGGCGAGUAACGACGUGAGUCUUCAUGCGGAGAGGAGACCUCGGAAACUCGAAAUUGACCGUUUGCAGGAUAUGAGUAACUCGCCGAGGAUCCCGCGGAAUCUUUCCGUUCGCGCCAAAGACCAACAGAACAAUCAGGAAGCGAGUGCGGAGGAAGGAGGCGCGUCGUCCGGCCGACAGAUCGACAACAGCCAGGUAGUGAGUGCGUCCCACGCGUCGCCUGCCCAGUACGUUCCUCUUCCAGUCGUGGCCCUUCUUCAACCCGUCCACGCGUUUCCGACUCCUCAAAAUCGUCUUUGUGCUCAUGUGUCUCGUGGACAUUAUGCACUGGGCCUAUUUGCUCAGAGACGACACGAACGAGAACCCAAACUCGUGGCGAUUCUACAAGAAAUUCAAAAGUUUCGAUUUGUACUACCUGGUCGCGCGCAUGUUCGCCGACAUUUUCACGUGCGUUCUGGGCCUGGGCGCCGCCAUGUGGACCCGAAAACCACUGCUCACGCUGCCGUGCACCACAAUUCAGCUUCUCUUCCUGCUCAUUCGAGCCGCCGUCUGGUCGGUUCGCAGCUACAAUCGGGUGCUCGAAAAGGUGCACGCGACCAACGAGGACAAGGUUUGUGUCGAAAAUUCGACAUUCCCGCCCAUCUUUUUCUUCUUCCAGAUCUUUGUAAUCUGCGAGUUCGCGCUGCCCGCCAUCUGGGCGCUCCUCUCAUUUCUCAUCGUCCACACCACCCGACGUCUCCGUUGCUACGAGCAAUUGCACGGAUACGCCCGACCGCCCAUCAUCGUGCUCACUGUCAAAAACGACGAUAACGACGAGAGCGUUCAAAUUGAAAUCGCCUAA